AUGAACGGCGGGGGCCAGUAUGGUAACAUUAUCGUGCCCAGUGAUGAUACAUUGUUCAAGUACCACUGGCCGGUAACACUGGCUGAUGUUGAAGAGCCCAUUGAGAAUCCGCUGGAGUUCGCUUUGGAGAGCUUCCGCAAUUGCUUCAUUGAGGACGAAGACAUGGAAGUGGAAGGUUUUAUUACGAGCUUGAAUGAUUUGCGCAUAGGAUGCCUGUGGCGGAUUUCAGGAGCCGGAGAGCACCAGCCUAUGGCGCUCUGGUAG